AUGAGCCUACAAACAAAGCCUGAAUUCAUGAAUGUGGAAAUGUCCAAGUCUGAACACAAAGCUGGCAGCAAGAUGGCAACCCGAGCCACAGGGUCUGGAUCUCCACACAAGGGCCCACCGCGGUUCAAACAGAGAUCCACCCGGCAGUUCAAAAGCAAACCACCCAAGAGAGGCGUCAUCGGAUUUGGUGAUGAAAUUCCUGGAAUGGAAGGCUUGGGAACUGAUAUCACUGUGAUCUGCCCCUGGGAAGCAUUCAGUCAUCUGGAGCUGCAUGAAUUAUCUCAGUAUGGCAUCAUCUGAGAAAAAAAAAUAUCUGUACUACAUAGAGUUCUGUUCCUCUAUCUAGCAGUAAG